AUGUUCAAUACAGUUGGAGAGGUAACUAGAUCCUUCGAGUAUUCCCCGAAGAAAGAAGCUCUCCUUGUCCAGAAAGUGAAAGACGUCUGUCCUGAAUUCCACUGUCACAAGCUCCUCGAUGUUGGUAGGACCCACUGGAUUCAGCGUAUAGAUGGUUUGGAGGUCUUCCUAGAGCUUUUUGAAGCCAUUGUUGCAACACUGGAAACCAUCAAAGCAACAGGAGAAAGAAGUUGGAAUGCAGAUUCAACUAAGAAAGCAGUUAGUUAUUACCACACCAUCGCUAAUUUUGACUUUGUUAUUACCUUGAUAGUCUGCCGGGCAGUUUUGGUGUUAAGAUGCAAGAUUAAGAUGUUAAAAUUUAACAGUUAA